CGCGCAUUCCCACCCCAGCGCAGCCAUCAUGUCCGACGUCGCUUCUGCCCAUCCCUCGCUCACCCUCAUGGCCACCUCGCGCGACCAGCCGAACCCGCUGCGUCCCUACUACAAGCCGCCCUCGAUCGGCCUGCCCCCCGACCCCACGCCCAAUGCCACCUCCGCCCACCACUAUGCCAGCUCCUCCGCCCGCGGCCAGAGCCCCUCCGCUUCGCCGCCGAAGCCCAGUUUCGGCUCCCAGGCACGCGACAUCCUGAGCGACCUCGAUUACGGCGUCGACUUGAGCCUGGGCGACGGCAGCCCCAGUCUGGCCGAGCUCACUAAGAAGCUGCUUGACCAGGCAGUGUGGAACUACACGUCGGUGCUGUUCGCGCAGCCUUUUGAGGUCGCGAAGACGCUGUUGCAGUGCAACUUGGCACCGGGCUCUGAAGGCCCCGUCGAACGUAACUCGCUGACCGUUGACGAUGCGCGGAGGCGAGCGGAGAACUUGCGACGCGCAAAAUACGCUGAGCAGUACUCCGACUCAGACUCUGGCGACGACUCUCCUUCUUACUUUUCCUCGACCGCCCCCCGCCCCGCUCGCUCCCCUUCAAGUUCAGACUCCCAGUCGAACAGCCGCCCGCAGAACCCUUCGACCGCAUCGGCGUCCCGGAUACCUCCCUCCCACCCUUACAAGCUGGACCUCAAGCGCACCGACUCGCUGCUUGAAGCUCUCUCGCAACUUUGGACCAAGGAAGGUGCCUGGGGCAUCUGGAAGGGCACCAACUCGACCUUUAUCUACAACUUUUUGCUGAAGACUGUAGAAAGCUGGACGAGGAGCCUACUUUCAGCUCUUCUUAACGUUCCGGACCCUGGGUUGUUGGGAGGCUAUGGCGUGGGAGGAGGUGGUUUGGACGUAGUAGACAGCCCGAACCCGAUUAUGAGCCUUGCUGUUGCUGUCACGGCAGCAGGAAUCACUGGCCUGCUAUUGGCCCCUCUGGAUAUUGUGCGCACACGUCUUAUCCUUACGCCAGCCGGAGCUGGCCCCCGGAACAUCCUUCCGAACCUCCGUACUCUCCCUUCUUUUACCGUGCCAGCUCCGCUCCUCCCAAUUACUCUCCUUCACUCGACUGUCCCGACUCUCGUCUCUGCCAGCACUCCCAUCUUCCUCCGCUCUUCCCUCAGAAUCGACCCGGUCCUCACUCCCGCCACUUACUCGCUCUGUACCUUCCUAUCAAGUGCCGCGGAGCUCUUCCUAAAGCUGCCCCUCGAGACCGUCCUGCGCCGCGGUCAAGUCUCCGUGCUCUCUGAGCACGCGCGCGCGAGCGCCGACUACAAUGCUCACACGACCUUCCGCAGCCAAAGCAGGUCUAGCCGCAGGAGUCGUAGUCGCACAGAAAGCCCGCGCAGCCCGCAUCCGCAGAAGUCUACCGAGGAGCCUUUCCCGACUGUCGUGGACGUCGGUCCCUACAAGGGUGUUUUGGGCUCCAUGUGGUUCAUUGUGCGGGAGGAGGGCAGCUCAGGUGCGGUCGCGCCGGCUCCGCACGCCAGAGCGGCGGUGGCGGCGGCGGCGAGAGCGCAAGCACAAAGGCAGUCCAGAGGACAGGGCAUUUCCGGACUUUGGCGCGGCUGGAGGGUGGGAUUCUGGGGAUUGGUGGGUGUGUGGGGUGCUGCUGCGAUGGGAGGGGCGGGCGGUGGUGAGUUUUAAGGUAGCAAGGGAUUACACGAACACAAAAGUAAGUACCGUCUAGAUGUACAGUAUGGUUAGAUCACGGCAGGGUUGGGCCUGAUGGAUGGGUGGUUGGGUGAACGGGUAAGAUUGGAAGACACGAUGAUGAUUCCCCUUUCGUUUGGUGGCCGGUGUUUUCAAUGUAUGAUUCUGAAGACAUGACGGACAGGAUACGGCGUAGCAUAGCGCAGAUGUAGGUAGAUACUCAGCUCCUGUUGACAAUUGGACAGCAAAUAGAGUG